ACCUGCUUUUGCAAAAUUUCCUGGAUGCUGAUACAAGAGCAGCCAACAAUAUCUUGGUGCUUCCUGCAGCAGCACCACAAAAACCAUCCUUUAUACCAUCAUACCACAGAGCUGUCAAAGCACAGCCAAAUGUGCUAAAGAGCACCCGUCUCUUAUUACAUCCCAUCCCAUUCCAUUCCCCAAAAGCACAAAAGUGCACCAUAGUAUAUUACAGCAAAAGCAGCUGAUCAUUCAUACCCAAAUCAUUCACAGGAUAUCCCCUCUCAAGUUCUGCCCCAAGACCGACCAUAUCUUACAAUUCCUUAACUUGCUUGGCAGAUUCUUUCAUUCGUCGAGAAGUCAUCCUCCUGGAACACCUCCACAUUGCGCAGAGAGUUCGUCGGUUUCUGCCGUUCUUUUCGUUCAUUUGUUUAGUGCAGAUAGCUUUUUUUUUGGCUCUUCUUCGAAUGGCAGUACUUAAGGCGAGGAAGGCCUUCAAAGACAGGAAUGACUUGCGUAGUAGCAUGAGGGGUGUUCAGGAGCUCUAUUUCAGUUCUUGCUUGCCAUUUUUUUGGGGGUGUUUGCUUCUGCUGUGGGGAAACUAGACUGACAAGCAUCAAUGCUACUGUUCAUAAGAAAAAGACUGCUCCCUGCAUUCACAUGUUGUGUGAUUCUUUUGCUUCUCACCCCAACCCAUGGUGAUUCAGGUAGCUCAGAGCAAAGCUACAAGAUUGCUCAGCCUUUGGAGCUCACACCCAAACUCUCAUUGCAACUCAAGCUCCAUGCCUUCCUGCUCUGGUCUUCAGUUGGCUUCCUGAUGCCGAUAGGAGUACUAUUAAUCAGAGUCUCAAGCAAUGUCAAAAGCGCCAAAAGCGUCAAGGUUCUCUUCUACUGCCAUGUCGCUUCACAGAUUGUCGCCGUCGCUCUUGCCACUGCUGGUGCAGUCCUGUCGAUAAGCAACUUCGAGAACGCAUUCAACAACACUCACCAGAGGAUCGGAUUGGCGCUGUACGGCUUCAUAUGGCUCCAGCCGCUCAUCGGCUUCUUGAGGCCAGACAGAGGCGUGAAGAUGCGGAGCGCGUGGUACCUGACCCACUGGCUCCUCGGCCUCGCGAUCUGCGUGGUGGGCGUCGCCAACGUCUACGUCGGCCUGCACACAUACCAGGAGCGGACCGGCAGGAGCGCGAGGCUGUGGACCGUGCUCCUCACCGUCGAGGUCGCGGCCAUGGCGUUCGUCUACCUCUUCCAGGACAGGUGGAGCUACGUGGUGCGGCAGGAAGAAGCUGCCCUCGAGGACGAGCAGAGCGAAGGAUCCAUGUACCCGGCGAAUGAUCACAAGGAGGUCGUCGUGGUGCCGUAGCGAGCUUUCGAGACUGAAUGCCAAAUUGCUAGUUACUUUAGCCACGAUCGAGCAGCUGGGAUACCAAGAAGGCUGUCCUGAAAAAAAAAUUGCAUUUGUGCAGGUGAAUAGGUGAUGUGCUUGUAAGAAGAUCGAAGGGGUUGAGUGCCUCUGACACACUCAUCUAGCGAGUCCAUGACUGACAGAUUCUAGAGUAGUUAGAUUAGAUGCUUGCAAUGCAUUUCUUAAUCAUCUCUAACUA